AUGAUAUUUUGGGGCUAUCUAUCUAUCUAUCUAUCUAUCUAUCUAUCUAUCUAUCUAUCUAUCUAUCUAUCACAGUCUUUUUGUAUCUAUCUAUCUAUCUAUCUAUCUAUCUAUCUAUCUAUCUAUCAUCUUUCUAUCUUCUAUUCAUCUAUCUAUCUAUCUAUCUAUCUAUCUAUCUAUCUAUCUAUCUAUCUAUCAGUCUUUUCUAAUCUAUCUAUCUAUCUAGCUAUCACAGUCUUUUCAUAUAUAUCUAUCUAUCUAUCUAUCUAUCUAUCUAUCUAUAUCUAUCUAUCUAUCUAUCACAGUCUUUUCUAUCUAUCUAUCUAUCUAUCUAUCUAUCUAUCUAUCACAGUCUUUUCGUAUCUAUCUAUCUAUCUAUCUAUCACAGUCUUUUCGCAUCUAUCUAUCACAGUCUUUUCAUAUCUAUCUAUCUAUCUAUCUAUCUAUCUAUCUAUCUAUCUAUCUAUCUAUCACAGUCUUUUCAUAUCUAUCUAUCUAUCUAUCUAUCUAUCUAUCUAUCUAUCUAUCUAUCUAUCUAUCACAGUCUUUUCGUAUCUAUCUAUCACAGUCUUUUCAUAUCUAUCUAUCUAUCUAUCUAUCUAUCUGAAUAAGCAAGUAAACUCAAGGAAAAGAUUCCUCUUUACUUUUCUUCAAUUCGUCAUUCUUUCUUUUUCACUUUUUCUGUUUUUCUUCAUUUCUUUACGUCUCUAUUUCUUUCUUUUUUCUUUUCUUUCUCUUCAAUUUGUCUUUCUUUUCUUCAUUUCUUUACGUCCCUCUUUCUUUUCCUUUUUUCUCUCUUUUCAAUUUUUCCUUCUAUUCACUUCAUUUUUCUUUCUGUUUUUUUUUGCAGUGCCUGUGUUUCUUUCUUUUUACCUUUCUUUUUUUGCCUUUUUUUCUAUUCAUUUAAAUAUUUUAUUCUUCUCUUUUCAAUUCUUCUUUCUUUCGCUUCAUUUUUCUUUUUGCAAUUCCUCUUUUUCUCAACACAUCCGUUCUUUGUUUUCUUUUUUUCUUUCUUUUCUUUCUUUUGUUUGUUUGCUUCUUUGUUUCGUGGUUCUUUCUUUCUUUCUUUCUUUCUUUCUUUCUUUCUUCGUUUGUUUGCUUCUUUGUUUCGUGGUUCUUUCUUUCUUUCUUUCUUUCUUUCUUUCUUUCUUUCUUUCUUUCUUUCCACUCCAUUUUUCACUCUUUCUCUUUCUUUCUUUUCAAUUUCUCUCUCUUCUCAGAUUCAUUUUUCCUUUUCUCGUCUUUUUGUUUAACUCAUUUUUCUUUUCUUUGUUUCUUUCUUUUUCUUUCUCUUCACUUCAUUUUUCUCUUUUUAAUAUUGUUUCCACUUUAUUGUCAUUUUUCCAUUUUUUUUCUCUCUCUUUUUAUCCUGAUUUUCUUUUCACCUUUUUAAAACUUUCUUCCCUAUUCUGUUCAUUUUUUUGUUACCCGUUCAUAUCCCCCGUCUCUGUCCAUGCAUCCCCCCCUUUUCUUGCCUCAAUCCUAAAAGCUCUCUAA